CCAUUAUUCGCUUUUCUAAUUAGGUACCUAGCAUCGUUGUUUAUACUUCAACCUUCUUAACAAGAUGGAAUUAGACGCAAAUGGCGUGAAAAGAUUUGCAACCAGCAUCAGCUGUUGCGCAAUCGUUAUCCUAUCUAUUGCUCUGCGCUUUUGGUGUAAACUCUCAUUGAAAGAUGGUAUACAUGCGGAAGACUGGCUCAUAUUUACUGUGAUACCGACAUAUACUGGAGCCACAGCUGAUGAUAUAUGGGGACUCCUCAAGGGGACCCAUGGCAAAGAGGUAGAUGCAGCGGCUGCCGCAGUGCUCCUAAAUCCUUCACCUGGAAAUGUCGCUGCGUUGGAAAUUUCUUUGGAGUCGCUUUUCAUCGGGUUCUUCAUUUCUCCCUUUGGAGUCACAGCAAUCAGAAUUUCCAUCUGUUUAUUUUACCGGCGCAUAUUUUCGACACCCAGCUUUCGAAUCCAAUCCUUGGCAAUGAUUUGUAUAUGCAUCGCAUGGCUCAUCGUGUCCGUCGUGGUCUGCCUUGUGUAUUGUAUUCCAAUUGAUACUUUCUGGCAUCCUUUUCAGCAUGGGCAUUGCCUAAACUUCAAUUUAUAUUAUUUACUAAUCGGAAUUUUUGAAACCAUAAUCGAUUCCGCGAUAUUGGCACUCCCCGUGCGGGCCACGUUCCAAAUUCAGCUACCCCUGAGAACCAAAAUCCUCUUGUCGGGAAUCUUUCUUCUAGGAGGCUUUGUUAUUAUCACAAAUGCUUUUCGCCUAUCUGCUAUCUACCAACCCAAUAGCACCCGCGUAUCGCUGAACGAUGCCACUUUCUGGACCCAUAUUCAUUCUACAACAGCGGUACUCUGCGCAAAUAUUCCACUCUACAAGCCUCUUAGGAACAUUGCGGAUAACUUGUUCAGCGGGAUCCGAAGCAUGUUCUACUCGUCGUUUCGCUCGUUGCGAAGUAACCAGAAAUUGCGAAUUGGGGACUCAGCAGAUGAUUCCGGAAGUGUUUCCCGCUUGGAAACAACCACGGAUGCAAGUACUUAUAACCAGUCAAAGCAUUACUUAGGAGACUCGGCGAACCCUAUCCUUGUCCCUCAUGAAGGGGUAAAUUUAACGACAGCUAGGCGUAGUGAUGCGUCCAUCGACUGCGAAUAUAUCCCAAAUGGAAGAAUUGUUCAUACGAGAGAGGUCAACGUUGUUUGAAGUCGAUCGGAAUGUGUAUGUUAGGGGCAUAAGUGGAGUAGGCCUAGAAGGAGGUCCGCAGGACCUCCUGCUAGGCAAACGCGAGUUAGCAAGGUAUAAGAAGGGGGCUUCGCCCCCUUCAACCUUAGAGGAGGUAGCGUUAUUAGUUCAUCUCAUACUUGCUAUAUACUAGCAGCGGCUACGCCGCUCCUUUGCACUCACUUUACGCUUGACUUAGGGACCUAUUACUGACAGUGUAGGUAUCUUAUUCUAAUGUUUGUCGAGUUAGAACAUUUGACAUUGGAAGGCGAAGCAGGACGAGAUGUGAUUGUAUCCCUUUAACUGGCAAGUGUCCACAGGAGGAGAUGAGGGAACAAGAUACAGUUUCACAUGAC